AUGGAAACGGAGCAGAGUGAUACAACAGUCAACACCAAUUCAGACCCCCUAAUGAAGCUUUUGUUAGUGGAGAUGGGUGUCGGCAUGAUCAACAUGGUUACUGUAUCAUAUGCCCAUUUCGCUCAUUUAUUUCGACUGCAAGAUAUUACGGCUGCAGCAAUGCGGGCAUGUCGGGAUGCCAUCUCCUUAGUAAGUGUUGACAUCUGUGGAGGUUUGAUGUAUCAUUUUGUAUCGUGUGGAAAAAUUCUGGACAUCAAAGUUGUGGACGGAGGAUUAAUUUGCUCCAGUGGCGUGCAUGUUGAAGAAACGGGGGAUAAGAAUGAUGAUUGUUACAUAGUGAAUGCUGCAGUAUAUGUUGGCUACUAG